CGACAAUAAAAAAAAAAUUUUUUUUUUUUUUACCUUUAUACUUCGUUAAAGUCACUUUUUCGAAAAAAAAAAUAUUAUUAAAUAAUUUAUAAAAAUUAUGGACCAUUCAGAGAAAAAUCGGAUUAUUAAUUUAGAUGAGAAAAAAUCCGAGGCAAUAAUAAAUUAUAAGGAUAAUAAUGGUUAUAUUGAAGGAACAAAAAGAAUUUGUGAAAAAUGUCAAAAUGAAUGUUUAGGAAAAUUAUAUUGUGAAUAUUGUUUUCGAAAAUUUUUAAGAUCAAAUUUUUCAAAGUGGACAUCUGGAAGUGAUAAAAUUGAUAAUUUAAUACGGAAAUGUCAAAUGGAAUCGAUCACUCCAAAUAGAAUAAUUGAAUGGAUACCAUACGAUCAUUUUCAAAAUAUUAAAUAUUUAACUAAUAGUAGAUAUUCUGAGAUCUUUACUGCUAAAUGGAUUGGUGGAAGUUAUAAUAAAUGGGAUUCUGAAAAACAAGAAUUACGGAGAUAUGGAACUCGUGAUGUCAUACUUAAAAAAUCAAAUAAUUUUAAAAGUGUUGAACAAAGUUAUUUUUUUGAAGAGGCUACAUUACUUUUAAGUAUGAGUAGUAAAUGGAGAAAUUUGGUAAAGUGUUUUGGUAUAACUCAAGAUCCAUUAACUGAAAAUUAUAUGUUAGUAAUGAAACAAAUGGAUAUAGAUUUAAGAAAAUAUUUACAAAAAUAUCAUAAUCAACUCACUUGGAGAGAAAGAAUCAACAUAGUUUAUAUAAUAAUAUAUGCACUAUCUAUAAUUCAUAAAGAAAAUACAAUUCAUGGUGACUUGCAUUCUGGAAACAUAUUAUAUAAGGAAUAUUAUAAUUCUUGGUAUAUUGGUGAUAUAGCACUUCGUGGUCCUGUAAACAAACCAGUAGAGAGUAUAUACGGUAAUCUUCCUUAUAUAGCACCAGAAGUUAUUGCUGGGAAGGAUUAUACCGUUGAAUCGGAUAUUUAUAGUAUUGCAAUGUUAAUGUGGGAAAUUUCAUCUGGCCAACCUCCAUUUAAUAAUUAUGAACAUGACUUUGAUGUUACUAUGAAAAUAAUUAAUGGAAUAAGACCAAAAAUCGUACCUGAAACUCCAUUAGAAUAUAAAAAAUUAAUGCAACAAUGUUGGGAUGCUGAUCCAUCAAACAGACCUGAUGGUAAUACUCUUAAAAGUAAAAUAGAGGAAUUAAAAGCGAUGUAUAAGAAUGAUAAUCAAAAAGCUAUUAAUCAAGAAUUAAAAAGUCAAAAUCCAUCAAUUAUAAAUCAAUCUAAUAAGGAUUUGAAAGAUAAUCAAAUAGGGAAUACUAGUAAAAUUUAUAUCUUUAAAAAUUUACCAGAACCAAAAAAUGCAACAGAAGAUGAACAAGAAGAUGAUGAAGGAAACAUAUAUAAUAAUCCAAAUCUUCAUUCAGAAGAUCAGGAUGAAUUAGAAAUUCCUGAAAUUGAUGAUAUGAGCGAAUUAUAUAAUAAAGGUACAAGUGAUUUCAAUUCAAAUAUGGAAGAAAAAGAACAGGUAGAAUCUAAUAAUGAUAUUGGAAGUGAAAAUCAAACCAAUGAAAUUCAAACAAAUGGAAAUACCAAUGAAAUUCAAACCAAUAAAAUUCAAACCAAUGAAAUUCAAACAAAUGGAAAUACCAAUGAAAUUCAAACCAAUGAAAUUCAAACAAAUGAAAUUCAAACAAAUGAUAAUCAAAUAUAUGAAAACCAAACAAAUGAAAAUUAUUUCAAAGUUCCAGAAGAUGAAGAAAAGAAAUCAAAAAAUAAAAAGAACUUUGUUGGCACUGUUAAAGGGUCUAUCAAUAAAAUAUCUAAAUUUGUAAAAUCUAAUCUAGAUAAAAAAGGUUGAGUUAAUAAUAUAUGAAGAUAUAUUGAAUCAAUUUUUUAUUAUUUUUAAAUCCUAGUAUUUUAAAUUAAAUUAAUUUUUUUUUAGAUAAGAAGUUUGAUAAAAAUGAUAAAAAUGAUAAUAAGGGUCAGUUUCAGAAACAAGAAUACGAUAAUGGUAAAGUAUCUUAAAUAACAAUUUUUGGUUUUUUUUUUUUAAUUUUAGCAUUUUAAAAAUUAUUAUUUAUAUAUCAUUUUAUUAUUAAUAUUUAAUAUUAGAUGAAAAAUUUGACAAAAAACUAAUUUUAAAGUAAACAAUAUAUUAAAUUUCAUUAGUUUAUAUAUAUAUAAGCAUUCGUUACAUCCGUUAGAAUUAUUUAAACACUAA